AUGGCGCACCCGCUGCCCAUGUCGCCGCCGCGGACGCACACGGAGAAGGAGCUGCGGGACCAGAUGCCGCCCCUGCAGACGACGUCAACCACGCGCAAGACUACAGCCCAGUCCCGCCCACAGCCGCUCUCCAAAGCUCCUACCACCGAAAUGAUACCCGAAGAGGCCAGGAUCAAGUCUCCCACGUCGCCUGCCGGCCACCAGCGCUUCGUCUUGACCGACGUAGUAGCCGCGCGAUACAUCGAAGAAGACCCGACCACCUCAUGCCACGUCCUCGCCCGUCGCCAGAAGAUCGAGGGCUACGAGAUCUACCUCGUCGAGCAAUGGGCCUGUUCGCGCACCCAUCCUACCUUCCUCAUCACAACCUAUACCGGCAAUCCCGAGGACACUGUGCUGGCCACAAUCAUAAGCGUACCCAAGAAUGAGGAUGAAUGGUCGCCGCAGAUGCGUCUGUACUUCAGGUCGCUGACUGAGUACCAUGCGCGGAGGAAGGACACCCCCUAUGGCGCCUUGAUGGUUACAAACCUCAGUGGCUUUCCCUCGUCCCUGACUGUCAUCCCCAUCCCCGGAGGCGAUCUGAAGAAAUAUCGCGAGGCCUUCUUCGUCAACGAGAACCUGAAGAGACUGGGAUGUUCAGGUCGGCUGGGCAUAAAGCUCACACCGCCAAGCAGUGCCACGCAAGCCAAGUUCCAGCAACUGUACCGUACCAGCGAAAAGAUCCCGUUCAACGCAUCCGUCAUUGAGCUUGUGAAGCUCUGUCAAGUGGCACUUGUCUUGUUUGGGAAGCUGGAACCAGAGUAUGCAGACGGGCUGCUGUGCGAUGUCACGGAGAAAGCUAUCAACGACUGGUGGAUAGACUUUGGAUCUGAGUACUACACAGUGGAACCUCACGAUGGCAUUCUUGGUCCUACCACAGUCGCUGCUCUAUUGGUUGCCAAGGAUGUCUUCGACAUUGAGGCCACUAAACGUGGUAUCGGACAUUUCCAGAAGUCGCAACAUCUUCCCAGAACUCGACGCCUCGAUCGACACACGCUUGAUAAGCUACGAAGAGCCUCAGCAAAGGCAGCGAGUAAAGAAGGCUGGGCCGUUCCCCGGGCUUUCAAAUCCACCGUGGCCGAGUUAGGAGGCAAGGGCGGAGAGAUGGUCAUGGGCAUUGUUGGGGCUGGACAGAAGGACGGUAUCGCUGAAGUCGAGACUGUCGACAUUGACCAGUUUGUGGAGCUUGUGAGAGGUGAACACGCCAAGUGGUUGUGGCACGGAAAGCCCAGGAAGACCGUAUCCGGAGACAGCAUGUUCGAUCGACUUCCUGGCGGGGAAGCACGCUCAGCCUCCCCAGACAAACAUGACCCUGCGCCGAAGCUGGUUCGCCGAGAAUCAACGCUUGAUCAACAAGGCAUUGCGAAGCGCGAUACAGGGUCUUCGGAGAUGAAGAAGGCAGAAACCUUUUCGCCAGAUGGCCAGGAGAAAGACAGCAAAGAUCCGUACUCAAAGCGGGCCACCAUCAAAGCCAAACUAGAGUCUGGCAGCGGCUUCCAUCAUAUCAAAAACGCCGUGGGUCUGCGCACCCAUGCAAGCAAAGUAUCGCGAGAAGAACAUGGACGACAUGUGUUGCAUCGAACCAAGAGUGGCACACCACAGUACGCAGACUCAAGAACGUCGAUGGACUACUACGAAAGCCAGUCGGACGAUCCCUAUUCUCUCAUGUCGCCUCAGAGUACAAUGGGCGAGGAGCCAGCCUACACCAAACAGCUUACUGAGACCCCAGGCGACUCAGUAGUGUCAUUAAACGACAACAAGCUAGUCGGUGGCCGCCACGCGUCCAACCUACGCAGUUCCAUCAUCGAAAGCGACGUCUCAGAUCAGCCCGAUCAACCACCCACCAUAUCCAGCUCCGUCGCCGGAUCCAUCUACCACGGCGUAGACCUCGACCAAAACCUCCCCGUCGACCAAACCGCCCAAGUCCCACCCCUCCUCCGCCGCACCCAAUCCGGCACCCAAUUCCUCCCUUCCCAACCCGCCCGCAACGAAAACUGGUGGCCCCGCCACCUCUCCUUCAGCACAGCCGAAGAAAGCGUCCUCCGCUGGCCCACAAUCAACGCUUCGGAUCCCAUCAUCGACGAAGAAGCAGUUGCCGACGCCGACGCCGACGACAACAACCUCACUAAAACCACCACAACCACAACCACAACCGCCGCCCUAACCACCCGCGCCACAACCCAAAACCUACACUCCACGCAACUAAAGCGUCUCCACACCCACCUCCACACCCUCUCCACCAAAGACGCCCUCUGGGUCUCCACCGCCCUCUCCUCCAUAACAUCCCUCUCCGCCUCCGCAGACACCGACAUCCAAACCUUAGAAUCGAUAUACUACCCCCGUCUCGACACGUACCACUCCCUCCGCGAAGACACGCACGCUACCGUGACCAAUAACCGCGGGCAGCUGACGGCUAGUCUAAGGGAAUUGGGCAAUGUGGGCGAUAAGCUUGAGUAUGAGAUUAGUGCGCUACGGGGCAAGGUCGAGGAUAUCGAGGAUGUGGUCGGUGAGUUUGAAAGGCAGGUUGAGUUUGUGGAGGGGAGGGUGGGGGAGCUGGAGAGGGUGCUUGGGGAGAGGGAGGGGUGGUGGGGGUGGGGGGUUAGGGUUUUGACGGGGGCGGCGCCGGGGUGA